AUGACCCUCUCGCCCUCGCUUUUCAUCCCCAAUUCCCCUUCCAUCUCCGGCGAGCUUCUCAGGCUCGAGCCUAGCCACCGGCGAAGUCCGUUCCCUUGCUUCCCAGCUCACCGAAGGCUGCUUUCUUUCACCGACGAUCAGAGAACGUGCCAAGGCCACCGGAACCCAAGAGCCAAGCCCAGGGAAGUCAUUCUCGGCAAUCCUUCCGUCGUCGUCGAGAAAGGUAAGUACAGUUACGAUGUCGAAACUCUUAUCAACAAGCUCAGCAGCCUUCCGCCUCGCGGGAGCAUAGCUCGGUGCUUGGAAGUCUUUAAGAACAAGCUUUCCUUGAACGACUUCUCCCUGGUGUUCAAGGAGUUCGCGCUGCGAGGGGACUGGCAGAGGUCUCUCCGGCUGUUCAAGUACAUGCAGCGCCAGAUCUGGUGCAAGCCCAACGAACAUAUUUACACCAUUAUGAUUAGCUUGCUGGGCCGGGAAGGACUUCUGGAGAAAUGCACUGAGAUAUUCGACGAAAUGCCUAGCCAUGGCGUGGCCCGCAGCGUUUUUUCCUACACCGCUUUGAUCAAUUCGUACGGGCGUCACGGCCAUUAUGAGGUUUCUCUGCAGCUACUGGAGAGAAUGAAGAAAGAGAAGAUUCCUCCCAGUAUUUUGACAUACAACACUGUCAUUAAUUCUUGUGCUAGAGGUGGUCUGGACUGGGAAGGGUUGUUGGGUUUGUUUGCAGAAAUGAGGCAUGAAGGCGUGCAACCUGAUAUCGUUACUUAUAAUACUUUGCUCAGCGCUUGCGCUCAUAGGGGUCUUGGGGAUGAAGCUGAGAUGCUCUUCAGGACCAUGAAUGAGGGAGGAAUGGUGCCUGAUGUAACAACUUAUAAGUACCUUGUUGGGACUUUUGAGAGAGUGAAUAGGUUAGGGAAGGUUAGUGAAUUGCUCAAGGAAAUGGAAUACAGUGGAAGUUUGCCUGAUAUUUCUUCGUAUAAUACCUUGUUGGAGGCAUACUCGAGAACGGGAGAUAUAAAAGACGCAAUGGGAGUGUUUAGACAGAUGCAAGCGGCAGGAUGUAUGCCCAAUGCUUCAACGUAUAGCAUAUUACUAAACUUAUAUGGUAGAAACGGUAGGUAUGACGAGGUUAGAGACCUUUUCUUGGAGAUGAAAGUAAGUAGCACAGAGCCUGAUGCUGCUACGUAUAACAUUCUUAUAGAGGUGUUUGGUAAAGGGGGUUACUUUAAGGAGGUUGUGACAUUAUUUGGUGAUAUGUUGGAAGAAAAUGUGGAGGCAAACAUGGGUACGUAUGAGGGGUUGAUAUUCGCAUGUGGUAAAGGAGGGCUUUACGAAGAUGCGAAGAAGAUUUUACUUCAUAUGAAUGAAAAGGGAAUGGUGCCAAGUUCAAAGGCAUUUACAGGAGUUAUCGAAGCUUACGGACAAGCUGCAUUGUAUGAGGAGGCUCUUGUUGCAUUCAAUACAAUGAAUGAGUUAGAAAUCAGCCCAACGCUUGAGACUUACAAUUCGUUAAUAUGCAUGUUUGCAAGAGGUGGGUUGUACAAGGAAUCGGAGGUAAUUUUGAGGAAAAUGGGUGAAGCUGGGAUUUUGCGAAACAGGGACUCUUUCAAUGGUUUGAUUGAAGGUUACAGGCAAGGGGGCAAGUUUGAAGAAGCUAUCAAAGCCUAUGUUGAGAUGGAAAAGGCGAGGGUUGAUCCUGAUGAGCAGACUCUUGAGGAAGUUAUGAGCGUUUAUUGUGUCGCAGGUCUAGUUGAUGAGAGUGAGGAGCAGUUCCAAGAGAUUAAAGCAUCAGGGAUACUCCCUAGUGUCAUAUGCUACUGCAUGAUGUUAGCUGUUUAUGCGAAAAGCGACAGAUGGAGUGAAGCCUAUGACCUACUCAAUGAGAUGCUUACUCAUAGGGUCUCAAAUGUGCAUCAAGUGAUUGGUCAGUUGAUCAAAGGGGAAUAUGAUGACGAGUCUAACUGGCAAAUGGUGGAGUAUGUGUUUGACAGACUUAACUCUGAAGGAUGUGGUUUGGGGAUGAGGUUCUAUAAUACACUUCUAGAAGCACUUUGGUGGCUUGGUCAGAAAGCACGCGCUGCAAAAGUACUUAGGGAAGCAACAAAGCGAGGUCUCUUCCCUGAAAUAUUCCGUAAAAGCAAACUCGUGUGGUCUGUGGAUGUGCACCGGCUAUCGGUAGGCAGUGCAUGUACAGCAAUAUCUGUUUGGCUGAAUGACAUCCAUGAUAGGUUCAUCAUUGGCGAGGACCUUCCACAACUUGCUUCAGUAGUUGUUGUGCGAGGGAGGAUGGAGAAUGACUCCCAAAAUAUUCCCCUUGCGAAAGCAGUAUAUUCAUAUCUGGAAGAGAAUGAAUCAUCAGCAUUCUCCCACCCAAGCUGGAAUAAAGGUCGAAUCACCUGUCAGCGAGCUCAGCUUAAGCGCUUCCUAUCAGCGACUUCAGAUGGGGCCGAAAACCAAAACGUCAUUAGUUUAAGUAACUUGCCACUCUCACUUGCUGAAACAAGAUCCAGAGGAGACGAUCCCAAGCUCAACCAAAACAUUUACACGAACUCCAAGACGAGUACCGGAACAAGAACAGAGCUUCUGACAAGCACAACGUAA